GUCACUUCCUUUGUGCGCCCUGUGUGUUUGCGAGUGAAGAUGGCGACUGCACAGCUAACCGAUGAAGAGCUUUUCUCAGAGUUAAAGCGCCUCGGUUUCACACCAGGCCCGGUGACAGAACAUACACGGCCCGUGUACUUGAAAAAACUCAAGAAACUACGGGAGGAGCCUCAACGUGGAACCAGGUCCGGCAAAAUCCGCAACAGUGGAAGCAUAAAUAGCAGCAGCAGUAGUGGCAUUGGCAACACAACAGCGGGAGGUGCUGGACUUGGAGCCAGGCCCGCCAGCCGUGACGUCACACACAUCAAAAGCGUCCGGAGCCCCGGCUCUCCAAGCGAAAAGCUGACGGGCGGUGGGAGCAAGUUCGUCCUGGGGUUCAGUUCCGAUGAAUCGGACGUUGAAGUUACCCAGACGAAAGGAGGACCUCCACAUAGCGGCAGGAGAGAUCGAGGUCCCGGACAUUUACAACAGCAGCCAUCACGGCCUACAGGAACACCCACAGCUACUGGCAGGAGCCACAGUGGGGGUAACGAUAUUAGCAGUUCCAGUUUUGGAAUCCUGGUUGAGCGGAGAGGCGGCUCGGGGUCACCCUGGUGGAGCACCCGGGGAAAAUCGAGCAUCGGGAUCUCCCUGGAUAAAGACGCGGAAGAAAGGGGUUCAGGAGGCACGGAUGAGGAAGAGUAUGGUGAGGAUCAGGUAGAGAGGGACGUUGUGACUCUGAAUGGCAGCAGUGGUUCCUUGAACAGUAGCAAACUCGGAGCGGAUUACUCCGACUCGGAUGAAGAGGAUGAGGAUAUAAAGCCGAAGGAAAGGCUGUGCGAUCGCCGACUAAGUUCCAGACGGAGACAGGCUAAAUCGCCACAAGCUCCCCAUACAUGUUCAAAGGGGGUGGAGACCGACCGGGAAAAGACGGGAGGCGGUGUAAUUAAAUUAAAUGACGAGGCUAGCACAAGUUGUCUAGACGUUGUGGGAGACCGGGGGAACGAAGAGGGCACGAGGACGACCGGCCAAGCCGAAUCUACUUUGGCUAGCGGCUUGCGAAACCGUAACGUUAGCUACCCCAGGAGACCAGGAUCCGUCUCCGCCAUUAUGGGAGAAAGUGUCGGGGAGAACAGCAACGUUAACUGGAGUCCUUCCUCUUACGGCAACAACCACGUCAGUCGUAGGGACUGCGGCAGCAGCAAUAGAUUCAGUGUCGGGAUCAGACCACAUUUAUACUCUUACCACAGUCCCUCUGAGACCUACCGACCUAACCACUCCAACCACACGGCCGCGAACCAUGCCUCCAUCCCGUCGACGCGGCCGCGGAAGCUGCCCGUUCCGGAGGAGGAGUUGCUCCAGCAGUUUAAAAGAGAUGGGGUGUCGGCUACGGGCGGCGUCAGUGCCCACUACCUGUCCAUGUUCCUCUUGACGACCGCCUGUCUCUUCUUCGUGUCGCUGGGUCUCAUGUACCUGCGAAUGCGAGGCGCUUCUGAGGUGGAUGCUGUCGUUCUGAACCAUCCGUUUGGCAUUGCAUUUGACAGUGCUUAUGUUGGUGAAGAAAAAGACCUCAUUCUCAAAGUCCUGCUUCACCUGCACGACCACCUGGCAAAGAUUGCUGGUGAUCAUGACUGCGGUGAUGAGAACCAUCAUCUCAACCGAAGCCUUUCUCUUGCCGAAGCAUCUGACUAUAUCAUGCUUCUGGACUCGGACUACGAGCCGUUUGUGGCCCCGGCCCUGGAGUGGAUCAUCCGGGCCGGAGAGGACGUCGGAAUACGGCUGAUUGGGGGCGACUCUGAGGAGCCCGUGACGGACAUGUUGGGGGUCACGCGUCUGGAGUCCACGCACCCCGACAUGUCCUUCGCCUGCCGCUUUCGAAGGGCCUUCUUCGCGGUCAUCCAUCAGGUGCUGCUCUUACUGGCGGGUGUUGGAGCAGUGCUGGGCGUCCUGUUCUACAUGAAGCACCGCUGGAGGAGGGAGGAGGAGGAGACCAGGCGGAUGUACGACAUGGUGGAGAGGAUCAUCGACGUGCUGAGGAGUCACAGUGAAGCCUGCCAGGAGAACAAAGAGCUCCAGCCCUACCUGCCCAUCCCCCACGUGCGGGACUCCCUGGUGCAGCCUCCAGACAGGAGGAAGAUGAAGAGAGUGUGGGACCGGGCAGUGGCCUUUCUCUCGGCGAACGAGUCCCGCGUUCGCACGGAGACCCAGAGGGUCGGCGGCGAGGACUUCCUGGUGUGGCGCUGGACUCCGCCCUCGCUCAGCUGCGACAAGAUGUGCGGCGCUCCGUCAAAAGUGUGGCAGGGCAAAGCCUUCCCGCUGGACAGGAGGAACUCUCCGCCGAACAGCCUGACCCCGUGCUUGAAGAUUCGCAACAUGUUCGACCCGGUGAUGGAGGUGGGGGAAAACUGGCACCUGGCCAUCCACGAAGCCAUCCUGGAGAAGUGCAGCGACAACGACGGGAUCGUCCAUAUUGCUGUUGACAAAAAUUCGCGAGAGGGAUGCGUCUAUGUGAAGUGUCUGUCUGCCGAGCACUCUGGGAAGGCCUUCAAGGCGCUCCACGGCUCCUGGUUUGACGGUAAGCUGGUGACGGUGAAGUACCUGCGUUUGGACCGGUACCACCAGCGCUUCCCCCAGGCCCAGGGCUGCAGCGUUCCGCUCCGACCCGCCAGCACACGCAUGCACAGCCUGGCGCACCUGCGCCAACGCAGCACCGCCGGGACCACGCCCGGGUUCUCCUGAGAAACACACAUGCACGCACACACACACACACACACGCACUCAUACACACACACACGCACGCUCACACAAACAAACACACACUCACACGCACGCACGCACACACACAGACUCAACGCCACCCCUUUCCCUCCCUCAUCUCCAGCCCGGUGUUUGUAUGGGCCGCUCUCAGAUGAAGCCACCAGGGGGCAGACUUUAAAUUUGCGAACAUGGGUGGAAGCUGAAGAGGCUCUUUAUUUGGUAUUUUUCUAAAGCUGAACUGAGGUGAACUUUGACCCCUUAUGCGGGGUCGGGGGUGGAAAAGGUUUGCAUGAGAGGACUGGGGAGUCCUAUGUCUGCUUGUGCAAUGGACUUUAUUUCUUUUUGUUUUUGGCGUUACCUUAUAGUUCUCUGGGUACAAGGAAAUAACAGGCUUCCAGUUCCAGUACCAUUUUAAUGGAAGUGUGAGGUUUUUAUUGUAUUUUUUAGCUGGCCCAAGCCCAGGUUUAAAAGGCCAGGUUUAGUCGGCCUAGACAUUGAGCAGCUGCAUGUGAUGGUCUAUGUUUGCUCCCUAUUUAAGCUUUGAAUUGUAAUGUAAGAUGUGCAUAUUUAUUUCUUACCGAGGUCUGAGGUAAUGUAAUCCCUUUUUUUUUCUAGUUUUAGUCCCGUAAAAAGACGCAUGCACAAACGCUUGGACAGGUGCUGUAAAUGUGUGUGUGUGGUUGCUGGCAGUCCUUUCGCUGAACAGCGAUGGCAAAAGCAAAAAUUCCCAAUCUGUCAUUUCCUCGCCAGAAAAUGGGCAUCAUUUAAUGCAGAUGGCAAAAUGGCGGGGGUUUCGGGAGCGGGCCGGUGGCGGGAAAAGUAAACGGGCGGAGUUUAGUGCUGAUCGCACACCGCACGGAAACACCACGGCAACCAGAAACGUGGGCGGUCAGCCAGUCAGCUCUUCUUCUGCCUCAGAGUCCCCGUCCCGCGAUCCUUUUUAUUUCCGUAUGUUCUUACGUACGGUUAUCUUCGUAAACAUCUGAGGGCUGACCGUGUCCGUUAAAGCUUUAAGCCGGUCAACACGAACGCCCGCUCACCUUUCAGGGACAUUGGGCGGCUUUUUCAGGAACCUCUGCGUUUUUGUCCUCCUGGUUUUUUGUCCUUUUGACAUGUAAUAAUCAGAGGACAACCUUGUCCCGAGCCCGUUUUCUGCAGUGGGUGGAGUUUUGGUUCUUCUGCCGGGCUGUAAACCUGUAUCCGAGCGUUUGGAAGUUCCAAAGGUGCGCAUUUCAGGCGCAAUCGAAACGCGGUGCCCAGGUGUUGCCCUGUCGUUUUAAACUUAUUGCCGGGGGUUAGAACCUGACCGUUUCGCCGCGCGUUUGGAUUGCGGUGCAUGGUAACGUCCCGCCAUGUUCCUGACCACUUUUCUGGUUUUAGGUUCUCUGUAGCUUUGAAUUAAAAAAUGUUUACCUGAACCCCGAUGUUGACGGGGUACAGUGAUGUAUUAUGAUAAAUAAGCUAAUCUCUUGUCUUUUAAAAACAAAGUAUUUUUCCUUAUGCAGUUUAAUUUGUAACGUAAUGGUUGGCAGUGAUUUUGAGAAUUUCAGCUGCUCUCUCUCCUGUGUAUUAAAUAAGUUGAUCACAGGAGCACCAUCUUAUUUUUCUAAAAUGCAGUGUUUUUUCCCGGGUGCAGUAUUUUUCAGCACAGAGUUGUACAAACGGUGCGCAUUUUAAAAUGUCAUAAAACCUGUUGCAUAUUCUCCUGCAGCAUAUAACCUAAUUGUGCCUUAACUUUGAGCUUUUUUUGUAUUACUGACACUGCUUUUGAGAAUGUAUCAGAGUUUAUAAAGAGUUUAAAAGUUACACAUGUUCAAACAGUUGUAUCCAUUGCCAGGGCUGAUGAUAAAAAAAAAAAUUCAAGGCCAGGAUGAUGAUUUUUUUUUCUUUUGCUGUAUUUUAUGUGCAUUGUGGUAAUGUUAAUAUUUCUUUUAUACUUUAUUUUUAUUACCCAUUGCCAGAGUGAAUGUAAAUGUUAGGUGAUGUGGCCCUUCUCCAAGGUGGCACUUGAAUUAAAGGGAUAUUCCACCCA